AUGGUGGGUGCAACGAACCGCCCUCCACCCUCUGCGCAAGGCAACCUUAUCUCAGAAUACCUCCCCAAUGUCCGCUCCAAGCAAUCCCACAAGAAGCACCACGGACCCUCCUCCGGAUCCCCGUCCCGCGGUGGGACAAACACUACCACAACUUCAUCCAUCUCCGACCUCACGUCGGCCAUCACGGCCCUUGAACUCAGCACGAAUCCCUCGCUCUCCAACCCCAGCGCCCCUCGCAAAUGCACCUGCAAUGCCAGCAUUCACCCUCUCUUCACUACAGCACCUAACUGUCUCUCCUGCGGCAAGAUCAUCUGCGCCCUAGAAGGCCUCCAGCCCUGCUCCUUCUGCGCCACGCCAAUCCUCAGCCCAGCCGAGACUCAAUCCAUGAUCGCCUCCCUCAAGCAAGAGCGAGGCACGGAGCGCCAGAUCGCCCACAAUCUAAGCGUUGCAUCCUCCCGCACCGGCACGCCCUCCACCUCCGUCGGCGUCUCCCCCUCCUCCAGUUCCGAAAACCUCGCCGCCCUCACCGCCGCCAAGGCCCAUCGCGACAAGCUGCUCGCCUACCAGUCGCAGAACACGCGCCGCACCAAGAUCCACGACGAGGCCGCCGACUUCAGCAUGCUGACCCCCGGCCAGACGCAGUGGAUGACGCCCGUGCAGCGCGCUGCCGCUCUGAAGCAGCAGCAGCGGUAUCUGCGGGAGUUGGAGGAGAGCAGCAGACCCGAGUACGAGAAGACGCGGCAGGUGGUGAGUCUGGGCUUCAACAAGAAGGGAAAGCUGGUGCGGACGUAUCAGCGCGAGAAAGUGCCAAGUGCGGCGGCGGUUGCGGAUGAGGCGGAUGAAGAUACGGAUGAGCAUGGCGAGGCUGAGAUGGAAGGGCAGGCGCUCACUAGUGGCACGGGAGCUUUCAGCAACAAUCCUCUGUUGAAAGGUGGAGGGCUGAUCAGACCGAUCUGGAAGGCGAAGGACGGCGAGCAAAACGACAAGGGAAAGGGGAGGGGAGAAGGCAGGACAAAUGUGUGGAGGAGAGUGCAGCACGAUGAGGACAAUGAGCAGUGGGUGCUGUAA